AUGACACCUCGUCUAAACCUAUUCACGGCCAACAAGGCCGUUUCCGCCCUGCGCCAAUCCACCACCCCCGCGCUGUCUUCCCGGACCCUCGCCAGCCCUGCCCGAUUCCGCGCCGUCCAAUCACUACCGCUUCAGUGCCGAUGGAACUCCUCGCGCGAUGGUUCGAAAAAGGUCGAGCCUCAGCCCGAUGAGCAGACCUUCCCGACCAUCGAUCAGCUGCCCGAUGUCAGCGAGGAGGCGAAUGAGAUCUCCCGGAUCAUGGAGAAGGAAAAGCGAUGCGAUGGUGUCCCCGCCUCCCCGGAGCUGGACCAGGGUACACCUGUUGAGGAGGUGAGCAAAAUCGCAACAUCUGACACCGAACCCGGACCGAUUCUCAGCCGCGAUAAAAUCGCCAUGAAGCACAUGCCCAAGGUCAUGCAGGACGAACUCAAGAAGUCGGGCACACGCUCGUUCUCGACCUCCGCUCGGAGCCGCAUGCCCGAUGUGGACAGUGUUCAGCCCAAGAGCGAUGCCAACCUUUUCCCUAAUGCUGGUGAGGGUGCCAGCCCGGAGGCUGCUGCUGCUCUUGCCAGCAUGAUUGAGCAGGUUCAGUCGGAGACUGUUGUUGAGGAUGAGAAUCUUGGCCUGAAGUUCGAGAAGCCUGUCAUUCCUGAGAACCUUAAGACAUUGAACUUCCGGAACCGCUACGAUACUUUGCAGGACCAAUUCACUAAGAUGAUGAUGGAGAGUGGAAAGCUGACCAAGGCUCAGAGGAACAUGGGCCUUGUUCUGGAUCAUCUUCGCACAUCCGCUCCUCCCCAGAUUAACCCUAGGCGCCGUCUCCUCGAUGCUCCCCCUGCCUCUCAGAUGCCCCUCGAUCCUGUCCGCUACCUCACCGUGGUUGUCGACUCCGUGGCUCCUCUUUUCCGAAUCCGUCAGCAAAAGGGUAUCGCCGGUGGUGGUGCUGCCGUGCAGAUCCCCCACCCGCUGAAUCUGCGCCAGCGCCGUCGUACCGCCAUCCAAUGGAUUAUUGAUACAUCUGAGAAGCGCCGUGAUGUGGCAUUCGCCCAGCGCGUUGCCGCUGAGGUUGUGGCAGUUGCUGAGGGUCGUAGCAGCGUCUGGGAAAAGAGGGAUCAGAUGCACAAGAUUGGUAUAUCUGGUCGUGCCAACUUGAACACUGCUCCUCGUCGGUAA